CCGCUGGAUGAUCGAACGGCGUCGUUCUGUAUAAAAGGGCUCUCCGAGGCGUUCAUUCAGCAAUAGUUAGUACACAACACAUUAAUAACUUCUUCGGCUUCCAUUCAGCAGUAGUCCACAACACAUCAAUAACGUCUACAGCUUCACCCCACGCACACACAGUUCUCAUGGCACCCAAGUUUUUCCUCACCGGCGUAACCGGCUACAUCGGCGGCAGCGUCUUUGCCCGCCUUGCCUCCACCCACCCAGAAUACGAAAUCACCGUUCUCCUGCGCAGCGUGCCCGACGGUUUCAAGGAGAAAUAUCCCAACGUCAAAAUCGUCAAGGGCGACUUUGAUAGCGCCGACAUCAUCACCGCGGCAGCCGAAAAUGCCGAUAUCGUGAUCCACGCCGGCAACUCAGACCACGUUGCCGCCAACGCCGCCAUCCUGGCCGGCCUCUCCAAGAGCAAGACACCCACCUACCUCCUGCACCUCAGCGGCACAGGUACGGUAGCGGACUUCACGUCGCCCGACUUCGUCCCGGGAGCGCCCAACCCCAAGAUCUGGAGCGACGUAUCGGACCUUCCCACGAUCAGCACGUUCCCUUUGUCCUUCCUCCACCGGCCCGUCGACAGCAAGAUCCUCUCAGCGGCAUCCACUCUGGGCGGCGGUGGCAACAUCCGCACGGCGAUCGUCGCACCGCCAGCCGUGUACGGGCGCGGCUCGGGCCCGCGCGUCACGCAGAGCUUCGCGAUCCCGUUCUUUGUCGAGGACGUCCAGAAGUUCGGCGGGCGCACGUUCUACAUCGGCGAUGGCGCCAACGAGGCCGCCGUCGCGCACAUCGACGAUGUUGCCGCGGUGUUUGUCAAGUUGGCCGAGAUCGCUGUCGCCGGUGGUGAAGGCGCGGAUUGGAACGAGAAGGGCUACUACUUUGUUCCCGUUCACCAGCCCGGUAUCACCUGGAAGUCCGUCGCUGCCGCGGUGGGAAAGAGCCUGAAGGCUCGAGGCAUCAUCAAGAACGCCGAGCCGAUCUCGGUCGGGCCCGAGGACACCGACAAGAUGAUUGACGGUUCGCAGAUAGGACUCUACAUCUACGGAUCGAAUUCAAAGAUCCGCGCGGAUCGCGCAACGACCCUGCUGGGUCUUGAAGCAAAGGCUCCAGGGUUCUUUGAGGUGUUGGAGGAGGAUUUGGAUGAUGCGUUGAACGAUAAACAAAGGGAUUCAGCGCAAAUGAGAGCGUUGACCGGGACGAAGUAG